AUGCCGAAGCAGGUACCGGUGGAGGAUCUGGUGAUACCGCCGCAGGACGGCAAGAUAUGCGGGACGAUCUGCAUCUGCCAGAUGACGGCGGUGCUGUCGUCGGUGGCGCUGGUCUACCUGACGGUGGCCAUCUAUAUGCCCAGCACGCGCGCCUUCCAGUCGGGCAUCAGCGAGGUGCCCGUCAUGUGCACCACCACCAGGGCGGUCAACGUGGACGUCUGCGACUGGGGCAGCUGCGGUGAGUGGUGCCUGUCCAAGUCCACCGGACCCUGCCUGCAGAUCUACGUGAACCUGCGCCGAAACGGCAGCACGAUCCUCCUGGCGAACUGCACCAACACCGCCAACAAGACCUGCUACGGCAUCGACCAGGAGAACGCGAAGAAGUCCCGGUGCAUCGCCGACGACUGCCGCAACCUGACCGGCACCUUCAACUGCACGGCCGGGGAGUGCAUCAACAUCACCGACGCCUUCGAGUGCGUCUUCAGGGACACGGACCCGCCCCUCAAGUGCUCCGGUAGACGCGGCAAGAUCACCUGCAUAGACAUAGACGGGCUGUUCAACUGCAACCGCGGCACCUGCGAGAAGAUCCGGACCCCCUACAACUGCGACCGGCGCUGCGUCGACAUCCCCACCAGGAACAAGAACGUGAUCCUCCUGAGCGGGGACAAGGUGUACCUGAGCCAGUGCGAGCGAGCCAUCGACGUGGAGACGGAAAAGGAGAUCUGGAACGAGGACCGCGGGGACGUGAUGAUGGCCUCCUGCUACGGCAUCUACAACACCAGCCUGGGGGUCGAGGCGGAGGACUGCAUCAACGGCUCCGUCCUCGAGAAGAACGUCCUCACCGACCUGACGAACUUCACCUACCUCACCUACCUGAACCUCUACGUGGCGAAGCCCUUGGACGAGACCAGGACCGUGGCCCCGCCCGAGCAGGACCUCAUCAUCGCGAACGAGAGCAGACUCAUGAUCAACCUCGAGGGGUGCGUCAACACCUUGAAGGACGAGUGCAAGGAGUUCCUCCACUCCUACGGGAAGGACGGCACGGACCACAACGCCAGGGCCAGGUUCCCCUGUUUCUACGCCGAGAGCAACACCGGAGUCGUGGUGUCCAGGUUCGACUUGGAGACCACCUACAAGGAGUUCCUGAUCGCCUUCAUACUGCCCAGCGUCCUCUUCGUCGUCAGCUGUCUGACGCUCAUCCUCUGCCAGCGUACCGUCGUCGUCGGCGACGACGCCAAGAUGAGGUUCAAGGGCUCCCCGGGUGCCCUGGUCAAUAUCGAGAAGAGCGCUUCCGGCAACCUCGGGGAUGCUGGGGGAGGAGACUCCAUCAUGGCGCUCUGAGAUCCGUCACGCAUUCCCCUCCUGGAGGAGAGUCCGGCACGUCAGUCGAUAUUCUCCCUACGCGGGCACUACUGAGGUGUGGGGAGGGGG